AUGGUCGACGCUCCUGAGAGCCCCAGGCCGCAGCAACAAACUCCCGGCAAGAAUUUUUACCAGAAUGGUGUCAGAACGACAGGCCGUGCCUUUUAUUCUCCCAACUGGCGUGUGAAGGGUGAGGAGAGCCCGAGCGCCCAGAACAGCGGGUCACCCGGUACCAAGACCAAUACCUCGAGAGUCGCUUUCAGCAAGCCCAGUCCUCAUGUUCCACAAGCUAUUUCCGAGGGACGACGUCUCUACGUGGGCAACAUGCCCUACACAGCCAGGUCGGAGGAUGUACAAGCACUGUUCACGGCUGCCGAGUUUCCUAUCGAGCGGAUCGAUAUCGCGAUAGAUCCCUUUACCGGCCGGAACCCAUCAUAUUGCUUCGUUGACCUUGAAACAAAGGAGCUGGCAGAGCGAGCAAUAACUGAGCUGGAUGGUCACGAUAUGCUGGGCCGUCCGGUCAAGAUCAAGCCGGGUGUGGUCAAGUCGUCCAGCGAACGUUCUCAGCAACGGACAGAUAGCUCUCCUCGCGCUAACAAGACUUUUGGAAUGGACCGAUGGCGACGGGACGAUCGACGUGACGAAAGCACCCCUGCUGCCAAGCCCAGCUCUGAUUCUAGCUGCCGUCUGUACGUCGGUGGGCUUCCAAGAUUGACCGACCAGGAAGCGAUCAACAGUAAUAUUACAAAUUUCUUCAGGGAUUUUAAUAUUGAGAAUAUUAGCAAGCUAUUCACUCCUCACCCUGCCAAGCGGUUCGAGCCUGGUGAUCAUUACUAUCUUUUCGUUGAUUUCAGUAGUGUGGAAGAAGCACAGUCCGCCAUGGAUGCUUUGAACGGACAGGAGGGCCCGUGGGGUGGCAGUAUCCGUGUCCAACGAGCCCGUGGAGAAUCCUUUAACUCUGAAGAGAGGAAGACCAAGCGGUUGAAUUCCCAGGAAAAGGCUGCUGCUGCGCCUACUGAGUAG